GCUCCAGUUCGACCCAGAGAGGCGUUUCACAGUGGAGCAGGCACUCGAAUUGCCCUACUUGGAGCAGCUGCACUGCCCUGAGGACGAGCCAUCGUGCCCAAUGAUCGACCUAAGCGACUUCGAGUUUGAACGUCGCAAAAUCGACCUGGCGGCACUCAGAGAAGAGAUUUUUCUGGAGGCCCUUCGCUACCAUCCAGAACUGCAGUUGCGGUACCUACAGGAGCAACAAGCCUUGGGUACUGGACAUGAUAUUUGCUCCUACCGUUUGUUGGCUCCAGGAGAGUCGCAAUACGAUGAGGUUGGCUCUAGUUGAAACUCUGAAACUCAGUGCUCUCCCAGAAUCGUCCCCGUUUUAUCCCG